AUGAUCUCGCAGAAAGCCGCGUCACGUCUCGCGAGAGGAAGGGUCAAAGGGGCUGGUCACGUGAUCGGACUGGGUACGUACCAACAUGUAAUUGAUCAAUUACUGAAGAACUUAAUGAGUGGAAUUGGACUUGUUUAUUAGAAAACAUCCCCUGACAGAGAUCUUAAUUUAUGGAUGGUAAUUAACACACAUAAACUGAUGAACAGUGAUAACAACAUAAUAAUAACCCCUACCCUAAUAAUAAUGGUAAUAAUACUGGUAAGGUGUGUUUGUCUUUAGAUAGCUCCCCCUGACUUUACAUUUAAGAAUUUUGAAUUUAUAAAUGUUUUUUUUUUUUUUUCAAAAGCAAGGAUUGCUUUCCAAACCCUUUUUUUCUGUCAGAUUAAUUUCCAUCUCAACACCCACUGAUAUUAUUUUAAUGAAAUUUGGCAAAUGGCUUCUAUGAGCCUACAAUGAUUUUUAACUUAAGAGGAGUUUCAUUCAGACACUGAGAAAAGACAGUUUGGUGGAUUUGUCUUUAUUUGAGUCUGAUUUAUGUAACCAUCCUGUAAGAACCUGGUGUGGUUUACUUUCUAUACAUAUUUUCAUAAGUAUUCAAAAUCAAUGCUAAAUUUAAAGUUAAUUAACUAUUAAAAAGACUUUUAGAAAAAAGACUGCACUUAACUCAUAACGAUCAAAGACCUCAGCAACCAAAACAGGCAGUGUAUUUAAAUACACUUCAUCCUUCUGCGCUAAAAUAAGAUAAAUGUUUAAAAAAAAAAAAGAAGAAAAAAACAAAACAAACAAAAGAAACCUUAGAAAUAAUAAACAAUGAAAGUGUUAUUUUCCAUAAACGUGGAUACCCGUUUACUUAUCGUGUCUCUGCGGGUAACCUGACAGACCAAAGGAAGGUAAACCAAAACCGUUUUAUAAAAUCAAACAGAGUGAGACGUCACCCCUGCUUUAUCGGAAUGAUAGGAUAUAAACGUUUGAAUAUAUAAAGCAAGAGAACAUAAUAAUAAUUUUAAAAAUACAAAUUCGUCCAAAAAUAAAAAAAAUAAAUUUAAAUGUUUGGUUACAGUUUUUGGCGUGUUAAAUCUCUGAGUCUUCUAUGAUUCCACUAAUUUAUCUCAGAGUAAGCGCUCUUCACUGGUUUCUCUUUCUAAAGGAUACUUUUAGUACGCGUCCCCAUCUCAAUAAAGUCACGCUACGUGAAAAAUACAACAAAACGUUUCCUGUUACGAACUCUAAAAUAAAAGUCAUCUGCCUACUGAAAUAUUAUUGUUUUAAAAAAUUAAUUCAUAUCUUGGCAUUUAAUUGACUUGUUUAUAAUAGAUGGCUCUGAACCAGAUAACAGCUCGGAAAAUAGCCGAAUUUCUCAGCUGAGAAAUUUACAGUGAGAAAGUUAUUACACUAAAUACAACACAGCAUGAGUUACAUCAUUUUGUUAGAUGCUUAAUACAGACAUACCUCCAUACAUAUUAUUUUUUCUGUUUCUCUAGGUAAUAAGUUUCCCCCCUAAGAUCUCAAAAUAAAUUUCAGUAUUCUCUGAGUUUUUUUUUUUUAAGCAAAACGUAAAAAAACAUAAAUGGUCUUUAAUAGUGAGAGCAAUGGCAACAUAGCUUUCUGUGCUCUUGUUUUUCCACAGAUUAUUGAGCGGGUUAUUGUUUUGUUUUUUUACAUCAACGGAUUAUUGUCUUAAUAUAUCAUGAGAACAUUUUUUAAAGGCGUGUUUUCUUGCUGGAUGUUUACUUUGAAGUCAAGCAAAAUAACCGGUCUUCCGCAGUGAGUCUAACUUGACUGCGCGGCAGACUGUACGGAAGUUCUUUCAUCCUGCAGGCGGAGAAGAAGAAGACGAGGCUCUCCUUCGUCUCAACUUUCCGCCUGAGCACAACAAUCCUCCGCAGGGGAAACUUCCAGACCCCGGGGAGCUCCCGACACCCUCCGCCGCCAGCAGCAGCUCCUCCGCCGGCCUCCGGUAUCCGCGGUGAGUACUCGCCAAACAGCCCUACCCCAGGAGCUGCAUGGCCGUGAGAGAGCAGAUGAAAAUCCCCGCGGCCUGCUGCUGCUGUCGGUGCUAGCUGAAUGCGGGUGGCAGUGCGGGGGUGGCGGGACUGUUUGCGGGAUAGAGCACUGUAAACGCCAAAGUAGCGGUAUUUUUAAUAUUACAUCCGCUUUGGGCUUUCACAAUAAUGAUCUGAACCUUUUUUGGGAUGGUGGGGAAGCUAUUGUUUUGGUUUUAGAUAGGCUGUACAUACUAAUUAAUGUCAAUUAUGUGUUUUAGUAUAUACAAACCUACUUUAAUAAACCUUCUACGUUAAAAAGAAUUACAUUUACAGUCUUUGUGCGUAUUUUACAGGUGGUCGGCAUUUAUCUUUCUUUUUUACUUUGAAGCGUCAUCCGCUGUCUCUUCCGGUCCAAUUGACGCUAGCGAGUGUUAGCUUCACGCAGCUAACCGCUGAGGAGAAGUCAUCUCCAUUUUGGCUCGUUAGUGCGGACGGCCUCUCCCUUCUUUCUGCCCUAAUACAGUCUCUGCUUACACCGCUAACGGUUCCCGCUUCUCAUAACAUCUUGUCGGUUCUUCCAGGGCGGUUUCUCUGUCCACUAAAGUCCGUGAAUGCGUGACCGUUCCCCGCAUGCCCGCUGGCUCUGCGGGGGCGGUGGCGAGCUGAGAUCUGCUGUAGCUCAGUUACAGUAAAACGCCUUAGUGGGACCGGGAAAAGUGACACUUUUGAACAGAGUCUGGUGGGUUCUGUCAGUGACAACUUAGUGAGACACUUUAAUUAUGAGAAUGUGCGGGAGAGGGACGUUUUUGAGAGUCUCAGACUGUUUAGUUAAUCUCCCAGCUUUGUCUUCUCACCUGUUUGAGUCAAAAGUGAACCUGAAGGCCACAGUAACGCCAAACAAACCAGCCAGGCAUUAUGAGGAACAGGUGAAUAACUAAACACCCCCAGUCCUCAUAUUACUCAUGCCUGUGGGUGAAAAUCCAACAUGGAUUAUCAGUUUAGGUUUAUUCUGCCACCAACCCAGUCUGAAAAAAAAGAGAGAAAGGAGUCCAAAGAUCUCUGGAGUCAUCCUGCUUGACAGAGAAUUUUUUUGCUUCUGCUGAAACCAGAGCUGAAUAACUAAAGUCAGAUCUGCUAGUUAUUCAUAUCAGAUCUGGAUGAGUCAUAGCAGGACAGAGAACUGCUUCUGUCUCCCCGAGUACAACCAGUCAAACAUUAUGAAAUCCUCUACGAGGCAAUAAAAGCCGACCACAGAGAAACCUCACAACAGAAAGAAUGCAGCCGUUUAAUUUCUCUCUUCACGUCUUCCUCUGUUCUCUGCAGGGCGAUGGCGAGGCCGAGCCACAGUGAUCAUGUCCUCCAGCAGCUCAACAACCAGCGAGAGUGGGGCUUUCUGUGUGACUGCCUCAUCGCCAUCGGGGACAUCUACUUCAGGGCACACAAAGCUGUCCUGGCGGCCUGCAGCUCUUACUUCAGGAUGAUGUUCAUUAGGGACCAACAGGGGGCGGGCCGCCUAGACCUCAGCAACAUGCAGAUCAGCGCAGAGUGCUUCGACCUCAUCCUGCAGCUCAUGUAUCUUGGUCGAAUCGUUGUGGGAAGCUAUGAGUUUGAGGAGCUCAAAGCCUCCAUGGCAUACCUGCAGAUGUACUACAUCCCAGACUCACUGGAGGAUCUCAGGGACAUCAGGAGCUCCAACCUCACCCCAUCCUCUUCUGCCUCUGCUUCAUCCUCGUCGUCCAGCUCCUCAGCUGGACCUGCUGGUGGGAAGAUGAUGUUUGGAGUCCGAAUGUAUGAGAAGCAGAGACCUGCUGCAGCUGAAGUGGAGCGUUUACCAAAAGCAGUUAACAGCGCGGCUGUACGACCAGCAGUACCAGUGACUGUCAGCAGACCGGUGGUAGCUGAAGAGGUGGUCAACACCCCCCUGAUGGUGGCACCACCGGUGGUUGACGGAGCUGCCGAGCAGCCAUGUGAUUUAAGAAAAAGGUCCAGCGCAAGGGGUUCAGCACUAAAAGACCGUCCUCGAUUUGGCCGAACCUACACCUGCGAUGACUGCGGCUUUGUCUUCAGCUGCGAGAAGCUUUUGAUCGAACACAUUCUGACCUGCACCAACCGAAAAGCUUUCCACCCGCCAAGAGGAAACGUGGAAGGUGAUAAUGACUCCAGUAAAGCAGAGAGCUCCACCUCUGACAGCAUAGAUGAGCACAGGGCGAUGUGUAAAGGCGAGGAUGACUGGUCUGGACUCAAAACUGACUCUGACCUCAGCUUGAGAUCAGUGGCAGCUGGGACAGAGGGUGACCCGGGGUCAACCCGGAGUGUCUCAAUCAAGACAGAACCAGAAGAAAGUGUUUUCCCUGAGAUUGAAAUGGUCCGGGUUGGUGAGCAAACCCCCAGAGACUGCAGCACACAUUUCAGUGAUGCCUCUCGUAACGAUUUACGCAGAGAGAAAAGUGGAUCUGAACGUGAACCAGAACCCAGUGUCUCAGGUAUGGAUAAUGGCAGUGAGCCUUUAGAAGGUCACAUGCCCAGCAGUGAAGAUUUAGGAAUCCCUGCCAAGCUUCGUAAGGUCAAGGAGGAGAAACGGGAAGCAGACUCCACUCCCUGUGAACUGUGUGGUGAUCUGUUAACAGAGGAAGACAAGUCUGCUCACUACCUGUCCAACCAUAUGGGCCAUAUAUGUGCCUGUGGGAGGUGUGGCCAGGUGCUAAUCAAAGGCCGCCAGCUGCAGGAGCAUGCAGAGCGCUGCGGCGAAUCCCAAGGUAGGGAAUCAGACUCCAACGGCGAGGAUGAGGUUUCCCUACUGGAAGAGGCCCAGGGGAUGGAGGAGGGACUGCUGGAUUCAGCUGACCUGGCCUGCUCUCACUGUGGUCUGUUGUUUCAGAACGAGAGUCUGGCACUGGAACACGCCUUGUCCUGCCACGACCAGGAGCUAUUCCGCCCGGUGCUGCUGGAGGAGGGCGCUGAACCAGAUCACCGCCGGAAACACUUCUGCAGCAUUUGUGGCAAAGGCUUCUACCAGCGCUGCCACCUGAGGGAGCACUACACCGUCCACACCAAGGAGAAGCAGUUCACCUGCCAGACCUGCGGGAAGCAGUUCCUUCGGGAGCGCCAGCUCAGGCUACACACCGACAUGCACAAAGGCAUGGCACGUUAUGUGUGUCCAGUGUGCGACCAGGGAACCUUCCUCAAGCAUGACCACGUCAGACACAUGAUCUCUCAUCUGUCGGCUGGGGAAACCAUCUGCCAGGUGUGUUUCCAGAUCUUUCCAGGUGGGGAGCAGCUGGAAAAACACAUGGAUGUUCACCUGUACAUCUGUGGCGUCUGUGGGGAGAAGUUCCGUCUCCGCAAAGACAUGAGGAGCCAUUAUAACUCCAAGCACACCAAGAGACUAUAGGAAUGAUCCAAACCGUCCUCUGCAUUUAUACGAGUUUGUUACUAAAAGCCAUAAAUGUGAGAACAAAUGUAUGCACUUAGACACCAAAAAAUGACCUUUUAAUCUGCACUUUUUAUGUAUAUGCAUAACCUAAAGAAACGUUCACACUGUGAGCAACUGGGCUGAGAGUUGGUUGCUCCAUUGUCAGUCUGAUGUGUGACAAUCUGCAGCUUUAAUUUGUCUCAACUUUGGCAAAGAGACAAGAGCAGAAACACUGAUAAUCAGGAUUUUAUGAGAUGUUCAUGGAACCUUCUUACAGAAUCAACCGUAGAUCAAACCGUCCAUAAAGGCAGGGAAUCAACUGUUUUAGUUGCCUUAGCUAACCGUCCAGAACCACAGUUUGAUGUUGAUCCCUGCCAAAGCUAACCAGCUAAAGAGCUUACAAGAAGUUUAUUGUUAUUUUGAUGUUUAUGAGAUUUUGUUUACAGGAUGGAAAGCACAUGACAUUUAAGUAACUUUAGACGUGGCACUGUACAGAAGGCAACUGCUAGUCAAAGAAACCCCAAAGAAAGAAAAUUUACACUGAGACUUAACUUAUAAUGAGUUGUCACCUUUGAGGAGUCCGAGCCAGUUGGCAUAUUGUUAAAAUGUGUUUUUUGUCGACAGACUAAUUUGUUUUAACAAAUAGUUUUUGCACUAGGAUAAGCCAUAGUCAAGAUGGUGAAUGGGGCGGGGUAAACUGUAGAUUUAACAGGUUUUGAAAGUUCCCUGUGUCCGUUUUAAGGCCAUCGGGCCUGUCAGGUGAGCUCCACCCAUUCAUCCCCACUUGUUUGGUUUGUACCCGUGUUGCUCUCAGUGUGAACGCACAUAAAGACCGACCAAGAACUCUGAGAGACAUUAAAACUGGAGUGUCUUCAGAGUGCUUUCAAAAACAAGCAGGAAAAAACAGCUCAUCUUCCAGCUGUGACUGAGGGAGGAGCUUAAGAGUCAGUCUGGGAAGUGAUUGGUCUGUCAGUGUUUCAGAGGACUGCGGUGCCCCUAACUUUGUGUCCCAGCUUUGAUACCAACUGAUUUUCCCGGAAUACUAAAGUCUGAAGACAAACACGUGCAGUUCGUUAGAGGUAGUGAGCACAGUCGGUGGAGAAAGACUAAAUUGUUUUGUGAGUUUGAUAGCACACUGAUUCUGUUCCUUCAGUUCAGCUUUAUGUUCACUGUCAUGAUGACAUUGCUGUUCAACCUGCUCUGUGAUUGGUGCCUUUACUGUGACAGCAAUGCACACCGGCAGCACUGCGUCUCCCUACGAAGCUUUCCCUUUUUCUUCACAGUGAUGCAUGCUGGGAAAUGGACAAGUACAGACUUCAGUUAUAAAGUGAAUACUUCAGCAUCAGAUAAUGAAAAAGCAGAACAACAACACUAGAGACGGUCAGCUCAUUGAAACCAGCACAGCGCCAAAUGCCAGUCUGGACUGAGUUCAUGGGAACAAGCAUUUUCAAACCUGCAUGGGUUGAUUUGGGACUUUGGGUGGACUGAAAUGACCACAAUGCAGCAUGUUGGCUUCUUGAUUUCUUGAAAGGGAAGAGAAAACAUCCUCCCCUGGGUUCUAGCCGUGUUUGGUUUAUUUGAAUUUCAUUUUUGAGGUUGUACAAGUUACAUGUCAGUUAAGUCCUGGUGGCAAUAGAUGCUGGUCAGCUCGGCCCCUUAAACAAAUAACUGCCGGGAUAACCGGCACGCAAGCUAGGCUACAGUUUUCUGGAGGAGAGGCUAAGUUGUAGUUUUGAGAGACUUGUCCAAGCGUCUUGGUUAGAGUGUUAGCUCUACUGAGCAUUUUUCAGCAGAACGUACACUAGACUGAGAAGAGAUGGGUCAGAAUCCAGAAAACCAAACCAACUCAACACACAGGCAGAUGUCUGAGAAACAGUCUGAACUCAAAGAUAAUUUAACACGGUCCAGGUCCAGGCCUAAGUCCAGUACUCACUGGUUACCAGUUAUUUUUAGACCCAGGUUUCAAAGUUAGUCUGUUAAUGGUCUAUCCAUCCAUUUGAUACCUUGAUAAUCAAAGUAACACUAAGUUUUUGUUACUUUAAUGGAUCUACCAUCAGAGUUUAUCAUAAUUCAUGUGACCUGCAGAGAAUUAUCUGAAGACUGAAUUCAUGGGGUCAAACGUUAGUCAGCCUCUGAUGGGUCCAACAGGUCCACAUGUGGGUUUAAUGUUGACUCAGUGCUGCCCUAAACCAGUUCAAACCAGUCCAAUGAAGGCACUUUAAUUCAAUGUGAAACCACUUUAUAAUGAAUUCAGAACCAGAUUAACAAGACCAGGGUUACUUUAGACAGUUGAGAACCAAGUGAGAAAGAUUUGAUUGCCAUGCGUUGAUAUAAAGUAUCAAAGUCAGAUGAACUGAGUUUGAGGCAGCGUAGAGGAUCUUUCAGUUUGUGUUGACUAAGUAUUCAUCUUUAGAAGUCUGUAAUUGGAUGAAGUUGAUCCAGUUUAACUUUUAAAAACCUUUCCUAGAUAGAGAGACGUUGAUUUAUGAAUCCAGGUCCUUCUGGUCUUGAUAAACCUUUCUGCUGAGCUCUCAUGUUUGCUGCUCUGGAGUUAAUUUUCUGGGUGAUUCCCUUAAACCCGUGACAUUGGGAUUUUAGACACUCUUAAGUCUCGAUAACCUUCUUGUUCUUGUUUAAUCAUUAAGGCAAUGAAGUCAGCACUGGUUUCUGAUUGGUCUAUUGUGUUCAGUAUCUUCUUUGUUAGUGUUCUGCUGGUUUUUGUUGCGCCGCAGCUUGCUCUCUUUCUGUGAAGUUUGAAGAUGUCACUCUGAUCUCUGAAGAAACACUCGCCUUUCGUUAGCGCUCAAUAAACCAAGUGAAUUCUGUUUGUCAUGAAA